AUGGAGGGUGCAUAUAGAGACAAAUAUUCUUUUAUUGGUGAAUGGUAUGACAACCAGGCUAGUCUCAUUCGAAAAUUUAAUAUAUUUUACUAUCCAACGGAUGACACAAUAGAAAUGUUCGAUUUAAAGAAUCGCAAAACAUUCUUGCGGCGAGUAAAAGUGAAUGGCGUUACUUUAGAUAAUUUUUAUAUUGGAUCAACUCUACUUAUUUUGGGUAGGAUGGUUAAAAUAAUUGAUUUUGCUUGUGAGGACACGAGAUCAAAAUUGCAUAAAGACUUGGAAAUAACUUUUGGGAUGAUAAAGCCACUGCCUACAAACAUAGCUGGGAAGAUUGUAACAUAUUUUAAUGAGCAAGGUUUUAAAAUAACUAAAAUGAAAAAGAGUCGGCUGACAUCAGAAGACAUCGGUUUCAUUUACAGACAACAACUAACAGAUCCAACUUACCCGUUUCUAGUUGAACACUUAAUAGGACAAUUGGUUUACGGAAUGGAGUUGGUCGGUAAGGAUGCCGUUGAAACAUGUGUGAAACUUUUAGGUGACAAGGAUCCAUUAAAAGCUGAACCGGGCACUAUCAGAGCUCUCUAUGGAACUGAUCCUGUAAGGAAUUGUGCACACGCCUCAACUGACUUAGAAUCUGCUGCAGAAAACAUAGAAUAUUUUUUUCCACCACCACCGAUGACUUCUAUUCGAUUGCGACUAACAGCUACUUUGUCCAAUUGUACACUGUGUAUAGUCAAACCUCAUGCUAUUAGAGAGGGUAAGCUCGGAGCUGCCAUGGAGGCUAUUGAUGAAGGAGGUUUUGAUAUUACUGCAUUUAACAUGUUUAUAGUCGAGAACAUUAAUGCUGCAGAAUUCUAUGAAGUCUACAAAGGCAUUGUUCAAGAGUAUAAGGGUAUGGUGGAGGAAUUGUCAAGCGGACCUUGUGUGGCUAUGGAGAUAGUCGCUAAAAAUAAAAAUGUUAACACCGCUGUGGAAUUUAGGAAACUAGUCGGACCAUCAGAUCCUGAAAUCGCGAGGUUAUUACGACCGCACACAUUAAGAGCGAAAUUGGGCAAAACAAAAGUACAGAACGCCAUUCAUUGUAGCGAUCUCGCCGAAGAUGGUUUGCUUGAAGUUGAAUAUUUCUUCAAGAUAUUGGAACUUUGA